GUUUUUCUAUUGGAAUUGAAUCCCUUCCCCGGUAUUUGUCUUCUAAUAAAGAUUCAUUUUUUCCUCGUGGGCUUGUUUAUUUUCCGCGAUUCUGUAGGAAAGUAUAAAACUUUUUUUUCAGCGGUAGAAGAUGAGUAACCCAUCAACAGGAGCCUCUUCAAAAUCAAAAGUUGGGUCUUCACAGCCUUCAGAAACUUCAUUCAAGCGCAAAAGAGGAGUUUUCCAAAAAGACUUGCAACAUAUGAUGUAUGGUUUUGGAGAUGAUUCCAAUCCACUUCCAGAGACUGUGGCCCUUGUGGAGGACAUUGUGGUGGAAUAUGCAUAUAAAGCUCAAGAUAUCGGAUCAAAGAGAGGAAAGCUAUCGGUUGAGGAUUUUCUAUAUCUCAUUCGCAAGGACACACCGAAACUAAAUCGUUGUACGGAGUUGCUAUCGAUGCAAGAGGAGCUGAAGCAAGCAAGGAAGGCAUUUGAGGUUGAUGAAGAAAAACUGGGUACAUUAGAGUAGCGUCUGGUCUGGGUGCAUUCAGCCGUGUAAGAGCUUAUAUGGAAGUGGGAACAGAAUGCUAUAGAUGUU